CCUACAGGCCGGAGACUGCCGGCUGCGUCCCGCCGGGUAGCCUGUGGCGGCCGUUUCCAUGUGAGCGUGCCGGCCCGGCGGGUGGAGCUGGCCGGCGCGUGUCAGAGACCGGCCAGAUAAACGGCUGGGAGAACAGCAGCUGCCGGGGCCAGGUCAGCGGCGCGCCGGCCGAUAAAAAGGCCCCGUGGCCCAAAGACGCCCUUACGUCUGUUUGUGACCCCAGCAGCAACAUGUUACGGGCGGUGGUGCUCGCGACGGCGCUCCUCAGUUCAGCACUGGGGGCCUGCCCAAACAACUGGGUGACGUACGGUCUCGACUGCUACUGGAGCUCCACCUACACAGCCACCUGGAGGGACGCGCGCACCGCCUGCCUCGCCAUGGCGUCAGGCUCUGACCUCGUCAGCGUGCACAGCGCGGCUGAGGCCAACUUUUUGUUCACGCAAAUGGGCGCCAUGGACACGUGGAUUGGCCUCAACGAUCUCAGCAGCGAGAACAACUUCGUCUGGUCCGACGGCUCAUCGGUCGACUUUACGAACUGGAUGGACGGCCAGCCGAAUAACCUGCUGGACCAAGACUGUGUUAACGUCCAGGACCCGGCCACGGGGAAGUGGGAUGACAACCACUGCAAAGAGAACAAGAACUUCAUAUGCAAGAUCAGGGGAUCUUCUUAAUCCAAACAGAAGGAGGAAGACUACCACAUAAUACAAGAGUAUUGUAUGUGUGUUACAUCGCCGAUGGUGGUGCUGCGCUGCAUAUUGAGACCUGGUAACAGAUUGUUUCGAGACUAACGACCAGGCCGGCGCAUCGCCGCGUCAUGACGUAUUAAAUUCGCACCAGACGAAACUGCAAGACAGCACAUCUCUCAAACGCAUGACCAUUUCACAACGCAAACUGCACGAUAGAACAUCUUUUAAACGCGUAGCCAUUUCACAAUGCAAUACUGACCAAUGAAUGCGUCCGCCUAUGGAAGGAGGAAACUCUCACGAUAAACCACUGCAGUUGUGAUCCGAUGUUUUGCAAAAUAAACUCAUCGGAAUGUACCACA